AUGAGCUAUUUUUCUCCAGACACACUAGCUAUAUUUGCGUCUGAAGAAGAGAGGCUAGAAAAGAAUGUUGAAUUCGUUAUUCCAGACCAUCUGAUCACGGUGGGCUCCAAUGCCUUGAUUGCUGCUGGAUUUACGUCUUGCACGGACCAUGACUGUCCAAACGUGCAGAACAAGAAGAAUAUUCACCCCGUAGCCCCUGUACAUUUUCACAUCGAGUCUCAAUAUCCUCAAUACUAUGUGCUAGUGUUACGGCUGUACCCUAAGCCUGGCCAUCUCUGGUGGCUUCCAGACUUUGGGAUAGGCUCUCCUGCUACAGAUGACCCCGACUUGAUGCUUUCCAAUGACCCUCGACCCCCACCAUAUGUCAAGAUCCUCAACCAAAGCUCACACGCCGAUGCAGUCCUGUUGUUACUUUUGCGAGACUACGAUCACGCCAAUUUGUAUGAUUAUACAUGGAGGAGACUGUUUUAUCAAUUGUUGGAAAGCGAAGAUGACCCCAGAUUAACUGUCAAAAGAACCCUCCGUCCUCGAUUCCAAGCUAUGUUGGAGGAAAUCAAUUUCCUCACAGAUCAGAGCACACGAAGUAUGCUUGUCCCGAUAGUCGAACUUAUGAAGGAAAUGAGGGAUAACAAUGAGCUGCCACCUCCCCUUCCCGUCAAUUGGGUUGAAACAGUUGAGGCCGCUAAAAAGGCAGGUCGUUGGACACUUCCUACCUGUCAAGGAAAUCGAAACAUCUUGCAUUGA